AAAGCCCUUGUGGCACACAGUGCUGUGUUCAGCAAGACUUGGCAGCUCCCUGUGCUUACAUCCCAUCAGCAUGAAAGUUUCCCUUGGCCUCAGCUUCUUCCUGGCUUUCCUGGACCCAGGGACCUCCCUUCAGUGUGAGGUUUGUCACAGCAUAGGAAAAAGCUGCUCUGGCCCCAUGAAAACCUGUACUGGUGGUGAAGAUACCUGUGGCAUCAUUCUGCAUGAGGUCAUGAUAGGGGGGAUGGCAAUCCCUUCGUCCAUCAAGUCCUGCCUGCCAUCCAGCAUUUGCCAGCUUGGCCCUAUCACCAUGAACUAUGGGAAGGUGAAAGCAAGGAGCCAUAUGGCUUGCUGCACGGGUGAUGACUGUCGAACAAUCUCUGUCUCAUUGCCACCAGAUGACAGUGUGCCCAAUGGAUAUCAGUGUCCUGCCUGCUACAGUGUGGACUCCUUUCAGUGUGGUAACGAAAUAGUAAACUGCACUGGAUUGGAAACCCAGUGCAUUGACCUUGCUGGAUUAAUGAAUUCUGGUGGACUGUCUCUAAAAGCUUCUAUGAAGGGUUGCACCACCAUUUCUGAAUGCAGUAUUGUAGGAGAUGGAAAAAACAAUCUGGGGAUGAUGGACAUAAAGUUAAAGCGGUUCCAAUGCAAGCCAGCUUCUGCUUUGGCCAGAGUGAGUUCUGGGUUUAUCCCUGAAGACACCCUCUUCCUCUCUGUCCUGUCAGGAUUCAUCCUAGGGAAGGUAUUUUUCUGACUCUCUAGUACUGGGUUAAACAAAGCCCACGACAAACUCCAGCAGUGGUUUGCACCAAGACCCAUUUGCUGUGGCUUCUCAUGUGUGGGGAGUUUGGUUUCACAUUAGCUCUUCUUUUAUAAUUUCACACAAUAAAGACAGUAUUUACACUU